UCCCUGGGGGUGGUGCUGAAAGAACAGCUCCCACUAAACAUGACUUCUUUUAAUAGCGGUGCCUUGUGGCCACUUUUCCAGGAGACCCUCAGUUGGAUUCUUGCUGCCACGGGGUCCAAGAGAGUUAUGACAAGCCAUGAAUCAGGAAAGUUCCAAUGCCCGGACCGGAGCUUUGAAAACUGAUGGAUAUUUUGAAGCGACUAUGAGAAGAUGAAGAGGCAAAACGUGCGGACACUCGUCUUAAUUAUCUGCACUUUGUCCUAUUUACUCAUUGGAGCGGGAGUCUUCGACGCUCUCGAGUCAAAGCAAGAGAAAACCCAGAAGGCUAAGCUUGACUAUCGAAAAUUUCUACUCAUGCAUAAAUAUAAUCUCACCAGGCUUGAUUUUGAUCAGAUUGAAAAGGUCGUUUUGUUUCUGAAGCCUCACAAAGCAGGAGUCCAGUGGAAGUUCGCCGGGUCUUUUUAUUUUGCCAUCACUGUGAUAACGACCAUAGGUUACGGCCAUGCCGCCCCCAGUACGGAUGCUGGGAAAGCAUUCUGCAUGGGGUAUGCGCUUCUAGGCAUCCCCCUCACCCUGGUGAUGUUCCAAAGCCUGGGCGAACGCAUCAACACCUUCGUCCGCUUCCUGUUGCACAAAGCCAAGAAAUGCAUGGGCCUGCGGAGGCCGGAAGUCUCCAUGGCCAACAUGGUGAUCAUCGGCUUCUUCUCUUGCAUCAGCACCUUGUGCGUAGGAGCAGCUGCCUUCUCCCACUACGAAGGUUGGACCUUUUUCCAUGCCUUCUACUACUGUUUCAUCACCCUCACCACCAUCGGUUUCGGAGAUUACGUCGCCCUACAGAAGGACAACGCUCUCCAAACCAACCCUAAUUACGUGGCCUUUAGUUUUGUUUAUAUCCUGAUGGGCCUCACAGUAAUCGGUGCUUUCCUCAAUCUAGUGGUGCUACGGUUCAUGACGAUGAACACAGAGGACGAGAGAAGAGACGCGGCGCAGAGGGCGCUACUCUCCAAAGAUAAACACAAAGAUCCUGUUCUGCGCUGUCCAGACCCUCCGAGCCCAGCCGCCGUGGGGCGAGACAGAAGGCGAGGGCUGAAGAGCGUCUACGCUGAGGUGCUUCACUUCCAGACGGUGUGCUCCUGCCUGUGGUACAAAAGCAGAGAGAAAAUGGUGAUCCUCCCGCAAGAUCUGUCCUUCACUGAUGCGCUAAUGGAGCAAGGAGACAUAUCUCCCCACCACUUUUUCAAACCCAGCCCCACGGGCUGCGUGUGUAACCCUCAACGCUGCUCGGCCAUUAGCACUGUGUCUGCUGACCUGAGAAACAUCUCACCGUUCAGGCUCUUUUCCAAGAGACGCAGCUCUGUCUGAAUCACCUCACUUUCUUAUACAGUCACUGUAGAUCUUUUAAUGAGUCACAUGAAUUAUUUUGAUAGCAUUCACAUAAAGAUGAUUGAUCGGACCACCCAAGAUUGGGGUGGAUUGAUGAAAGAGAUCCGCUAGGAGUCUUUUUACACAAACACAUCUAUUCUCUAUCAACGCUUUGAUGACUGUUAGGAGAAUUCAAACGGUCUUAUACUUCAGAUAGCACAUUUACUCCCUGAAACAGUGCAAUAAACAAUGUUUUAACAGUUACUAAAAACAUAUUCUGACCAAAAAACUUAAAAUCUUGAAUAUUAUUUUACCCUGUUCAGAUGAAAUGCUUAUGGUAUAAAAAUUGUAAAUUUGUUCAUUUUCUAUAAAUUUCAAUACUUUUUGGCUUUGCAUUGCAGUGUUGUUUAUUGUUCAGAAUUGAACUGAGAAUGCCUUUUUAAAUUCCAAUUCAGUUCCUGAAUUUGAGUUGAAUUUGAAUUGAGAUAGAUAGAUAGAUAGAUAGAUAGAUAGAUAGAUAGAUAGAUAGAUAGAUAGAUAGAUAGAUAGAUAGAUAGAUAGUGUUUGAAAUGUCAAUUAUGUUUGAAGUAAAACAUAUAAAAAAUUCUAUUUAGCCUACAUAUUUCAUUAUGGUGAUUGAAAAAAUAUGCGAUGGGAGGGAAAAAAAUAUUGCAAUACGUUUGCGUUCACUUGCAAAAUUCAACUUGAGCUCGCAAAACUGGUGAUGGAAAUAAUGAGACUGGAGGGAAACGUCAUUUUAAAGGGUUAGUUCACCCCAAAAUGAAAAUUAUGUCAUUAAUUACUCACCCUCAUGUUGUUUCACACCCAUAAGGCCUUCGAUAAAAUCAGUUGGCUCAGUGAGGCCUCAAUU